AUGGACCUGUUGUCUUAUCAAAUUCCAAAGGACUACCCAACAAUCUUCAUGAACAAUAACUCUGAUGGUACGGACCCAACAGCGCAAAAUUUGCCCGACAGUGCUCCAACUGAUGCGAGAGUUAAUGGUAACUGUUUACGGUUCCGCCCAAUAACCUUUCCAAUUUUGAAGUCGGCCUCUGAUUCUACAUUUGACAUGGUUCGACUCCGCUACUGGACAAAGAAACAGGGUAUUGCGUACCUUGAAACAUUUGGACUUUCUCAGGUCUACAUUGCCGACCUUUGCAAUGCGGCGGACAAUCCAGAUGAACAGCAACCUCCACAUCCAACUACAUGGAACGUACCAGGUGUUGACAUCCGACAUCAUAUUGACGCACUGAUGCAUUUGUGCUUUCUAGGAAUCACAAAAGCAAUCUCCACAGAUCUGAUUAGUGGUUGGUUAAAGGCUCAGCGGAAAUCAAGUUCUUUCUACAAUCUUAGCCAUCCAGUCCUUGACCAAAUCAAACGCCAAAGUCUAUCUUGGUGCAAGGUCGAAACAAAAUUUGGCGGAUACGUAUCUGAGAAUUGGAUUGCGUACUGUCUUGUCUACAAAUAUGUUCACCAGCUGCUUUCAAAACUUACUGAAGAUGACGAUGUGUAUAUUGAUCCGCCCGGAGUGCCACUAUCGCAAUACAAUUUGAAACAGAGGAGGGCGUGGCUUUGCGCAAGGAAGGUAGAAGAUAUUUCUAACAAGUCCCUCAAGAAGGCUGUUGACAAAAAAUUCCUCGAAUUUAUUUCGCUGCCUCCAGAGGAAUGCCCGCCAAUCAUCCAACCAGUUGCGUCCAAGGCCACACUUGAACAAGCUAGCCACAUGAUUAUUUGUUGGCAGGCACAUUAA